AUGCGUCGAUCAGUCGCAACGCAUUCCCCUAUUUUCCCAGAGCGCAUGUUCAAAGCCAUACUCCACGAGGACAUAUCAAGAAACCGAGGUGUAUCGUUCUAUACUGUAGUUUAUUGGUUCGGAACCGUAUUGACAGCUAGGAAUACAAUCAGCAGCUACGGGAAUUCGCACACUAUGGAGCUCCACCGUUACCUCAGCUUGUCAAUCAUUCUCUUAGUCGUCACAGCAUCCAUCGCAAUCACGACAGCGCGCCCUGUCAAUGACAAGAAUGGCAAGAACGACGGAAAGGGUGGACCUCCGGAUGCAGGCCCGUGCCCGCUGCCCAAGCCAAAUGACGCUCAGACUCUCGGAAAUCUGACGGCGAUUCUCGCCGCGCGGCUGAACGGAUCCAACGUGGUUGGGUCGACGGGCGACGUCAACGCCACCGGGCGAGUCUGCCUCGCCGUCUUCCAGCUAGACGGCGACUACAACGUCUUUUUCAGUGUCGUCGUGUCCACCUCCGACGCCGGCGAGCCGUCCGCCUCUUCGAUCUGGCAAGGCGCGGCGGGAGAAGCGGGAACUGCCGUCGCCGAUAUUGCCGAGGCGGGAGAAAGCGCCACGUGGGCGAAUCUUACUCGUCCGCCACCUCCCCCGCCCAAGAGCAAAAAGAACAAAGGCACACCUCCACCUCCGCCUCCUCCGAAGUACACUUAUGCCACUAACGGGACGUGGCUUAAAGCGAGUACGCUGACUACGUUCGGCUCGCAGACACUAAAGGAGCUGGUGGAUGCGGUUAUCGCGACGCCGGAUGGUUACUACGCAUCAUUCGUGACGGCUGCUUAUGAGUCGGGUGCGGCGCGGGGCCAGUUUACGUCGGACCCGCUUCCGCCGCCUCCUAAGGACAAAAAGGGCGGGAAGGACGGAGGGAAGAAUGGUGGUGGGAAGAAUGGCGGUGGGAAGAAUGGCGGAGGCAAGACUGAUGGUGAUCGGUUCGGCACUCUCGUCGGUGCGGUCGCAGCGCGUGUCAACGGCUCUAACGUUGACCUCCACGCUGACGUCAACGCCACGGGCUGCGUUGACCUCGCCAUCUUCCUAAACGCCACGACCAACGACUACGACAUUUAUUACCAUGUCCGCGUCAAUCUGAAUGACUCUGGCGAGCCCACUGGUGUCGUCAUCAAGAAUGGCGCUGACGUGGCACUCACCGUGACCCCCAGCGACGCCAAGUGGACCAAUCGCACGCUCUCAGAUGCCGAGCGCGCCAAGCUGGGCGGCAAACUGUCUCCCAAGAACAAGAAGGGCAAGCAGCCGCCUCCCCCUCCCCCUCCCCUCGGCUACAACUACGAAACCACCGGCUCUUGGCUAAGUGCCACUAUUUUGAAGGCGGAUAACGGGCAGACUUACAAGCAACUGGCGGACGCCAUGCUGGCUGCUCCUGACGCUUACUCUGCUCUCAUCUACACCAAGACGUACGAGAACGGUGUAGCGAGCGGUGCUUUCGCGAAUGUCACCAUGGAUGGUGGUGAUCGGUCUGGCAAACUGGGCGUCAAAUUGAGCGUCAAAUUGGGCGUCAAAUUGGGCAUUAAAGCCAGAUUCGGACUUGCCUGA